AUGACACAUUCAGUGGGUCAAAUAAUCACAUUUUUCGCUGCCCUUGUCGCAGUUUCAAGUGACAGUCGCUUCUUCAAUUUGAAGCGUAUGAAACACAUGACGAGCUACAUCGAUGUGAAUGCCAAUCCCUGUGAGGAUUUGUACCAAUAUGCCUGUGGCAAAUGGUCUGAGAAGCAUGACAUCCAGAGUGAGGACAACGAUUACACAUCGGUGGACGGCAUGGUAAACUUUAAGAUUAACAAGGAGCUGUCCGAGUUCAUGAGCGUUAUGAGUUCGCGAAAUAAAUCAGAAUUUGUCCUAAAGUCCCACAACUUUUUUAAAUCGUGCGUUGAUAUUAAGGAAUAUAAUCUGAAAAUUUUCAUGGAAAAGAUGACAGAAUAUGAGAAUAUGACUUGGGCUCUUCGAACGCCCGCGGCCGAAGCGGCGAAUCACAAGUUUGACUGGGUGCAGACAUUGGCCUUGCUUCGCAGAUAUGGCCUUAAUGGUGUUUUCAUCGAGGAGCAAAUGUUUGAACGAUACGAUGACUCGUGGAGGACUAUCAUCGAUUUGAAUAAGCCCUUUGAGAAUGGGGGGUUUACCAGUCUUACGGAGGAUGACUUCAAUGCCAUAAACAGCGAUUUGGAAUUGCCGGAGGAACAAAGGCCCUUUGGAGACAUGUUGGAUGGGUUUAAGGCCUUCGAGAAACUUCUUAAAGCUUUGGACGAAGUCAAGGACGAUGACGGAGACAAUUACAUUACAGUAAAGGAGCUGCCAUUGCCUUGGCUUUAUAAAUAUCUGGGAAUUGUGUUGAAUGAAAAUCUUUUGGAUUUGAACAUGGACAUUGAGAUCGAGAAUAUUCCCUAUAUGAAGGCGUUGGAUGCACUGCUCAAUGAGUAUGACGACUACUUCCUUUGCUCCUAUUUGGAGCUGCGUUUUCUUUGGCAUUUAUAUCAAACUCCCCAGGUGUUGUACGCUGUGGAUUGUAUGGCGGCGACGCGGGGUCUAUUGUCAUUGCCGAUGAAUUGGAUUUUUGAGAAACAACAUCCGGAGCUGCGACAAGAGUUUCCCAAGAUUGCGGAACUCUUCUACAAUAUCCUUGAUUCGGUUCAAACGACAUUGAGUACGGAUAAGAGUGGCAUAGUGACCCCCAAGGCGUUGUCCAUAUUGAAGGGGAUACAAUUGAAGGUGGGAAAUUUACCUAGAAUGGACACCGAGAGCGUCCUAAAUAACUUCUAUGCGGACUUAACUUUGGACUCUAAGGAUUUCUAUGGGAAUCUCUUGCAACUGCACAAAUUCAAUUUUAAUGUCAGUCAUUCUGGUUACGGCAAUUACCUCACCGGCGACAUCAACCAACUGUUCUUUGUGGACAGCUACAAUGAAGGUGCCAGCUAUUUGCCCUACUAUUUGAAGGCCCCAAAUGUUGUGGUGGCUCCCACGACAGUCAUGAGGCAGCCCUUCUAUCACUGGGGCUACGACAAUGUCUACAAAUACAGCUCGCUGGGUGUUCGUUUUGCCUAUCUCAUCAUUGAGGCUGUUUCAAGCGAUUUCAACUUUGACGACCUCAUGUACAGCGAUUUGGUGAAAAUUGGCGAAAUUGCCUCUAUACAUGCUGCCUAUGGGGCGUAUUAUGCGACGCUACCAGAUGCUCUAAAGGAUGAUGAAGCAUUCAUUAAGGGGACUCGCCUGAUAUUUUUCCUUAACUAUGCCCAACAACACUGCCACGCCAGUGACGCAACCACACUGAACUCCUAUGUCUCACAUUUUCCCUCUUUUGCGGAAGCUUUUGACUGUCAGCUAAGAAAUUUCAUCGAAACUUUGAUCAAAAAGCCAAGCAGUAAGAUAUAA